UUGUUCUUCUGACAAAGAACUUUACACCCCACCUAAGUUUAGUUUUUGGCGCGUACCACGUGGAUUUCAUGCCCUGGUUUUAUGAUUGUACUAACUAACAAACACUUUUCGCUUUAUAUAUCACCCUAAGCAUAUAUAAAAGCACUUACAUAAUAAUUCUUCCCUCAGCGACAACAAAAACCUUCUCAGUUAAGAAAGAAAAACUCUCUCUCUUUCUCUCUGUUAGAAAUGGCUGAGGAAUCUCAAGGGAUUAAGCUCUUUGGCGCAAUGAUUAGACUCAACAGUGAGGAGGUCAAGAAGGGAGAAAAAGGAAGGGAAUACAAGAGGGAGGAGAAGAGAACAGAGAAGAUAAUACCGUGUCCUAGAUGCAAGAGCAUGGAAACUAAAUUCUGCUACUUCAAUAACUACAACGUUAAUCAGCCAAGGCAUUUUUGUAAGAGCUGCCAGAGGUAUUGGACUGCUGGUGGGGCCCUCCGCAACGUCGCUGUCGGUGCCGGCCGUCGGAAGGGCAAGCCGCCGUGUCAUGGUGCCGCUGAGUUCCCCGAUGGGGCUGUCUAUGAAAGUUCGGAAGACGAGAACAAAUUUGAGAUUGGAAGUAGGUUGGUUUCAGAAGAGGUUCACAAUGAUUUUCGGCAAAUUUUCCCGGCGGCCAAGCGGCGGAGGACUCCAUCAGAUAAAACUUGGAGAAGUAAUCAUAUUCAGAGAUCCAAUGGGUGAGCAUGAAGGUCAAUAAAAUCAUCUACGAAUUGAAAGCACAGAACAUGGUGGACUUAUAUAGGAACAAGAAGAAGAAUUCAAAAACUACGGAUAAAAGCGUGUCGUGAAGAUGUGAACACCUCAAAAAUAUUCCAUGACAUUAAAUCAAUGGAUGAUGCUAAGCUACGUGACACAUUCACAUUAGUUUUUUCCUCUAUGCUAAACUCCAUUGUCCAUAUCUACGAAGGUUUUAUCUUUUAAGCCAUCAAUGUACUUCACAUAAUUGGCUAAGUGGGUUUCACACUAUCUUUGACACCAUUUCCAUCCACGAAAUUCAUGUAUAUAUAUUCAUAUGAUAUUCUUGAAA